AGUUAUACUAUAAGUUUGUUCAACUUAAUUACAACCAGUCCUUGAAGACCAAGACUUGUGAUCCAUAGAUUUGCUACAACAUUAGUGCAUCAAUCUGGUUUGGAUACGCAGCAAUUAAAGAUGUACUCUGCACAUGCUAGUGAGUAUGAGAAGUACUCUGGCACCCCACCACCAACCAUACCUCCCUCAGCACCACAAGAGAGUCAAGCGAUUGCCACGGGAGUUCCUGUCAACUCUAGCAGCGGCGAAUAUAGCACUUACUCCGGUAACACUCGUCCUGCUCCUCCACGAGUACCGCUUCAAAUUCUGCCCAAGACUAGAGGUCCUUGGUCUACUGGUCUCUGUGACUGCUUCUCCGAUCCCUCUAACUGUUGCAUUACAUUUUGGUGUCCGUGUAUUACUUUCGGGCAAAUUGCAGAGAUUGUAGAUAAAGGGUCUUCAUCUUGUGGAACGAGUGGAGCUCUGUAUGCCCUGAUAGCUUGUGUGACGGGGUGUGCUUGCUGCCUCUCCUGCUUUUAUCGAACAAAGCUGAGGCAGCAAUUCUUCUUGCAUGAGACGCCUUGUGCCGACUGCUUGGUGCAUUGUUGCUGCGAGCCCUGUGCUUUGUGUCAAGAAUAUCGUGAGCUCAAGAACCAAGGCUUUGAACUGUCCAUAGGAUGGCAUGGAAAUGCGGAGAAACAUACUCGUGAAACGGAGAUGGAACCGGUUGGUCCAGUGGGAGGAAUGAGCCGCUAGCUAGCUAUAUGAUGCUGUCCGAAACAUUUGUAUUUUUCUAAGACUGUACUAAACCAUAUAAAGAAAGAAAAACAACCCUUAAUUGGAAUGUGGCUUCUGUUUA